AUGCCAGUGUGUGUGUAUGAAGGUUGUUUUAGUGGCAGUAAAAGGCAAGACAAAGAACAAAUACCUGGUGUUCAUGUUCAUAAAUUUCCCAAACAUCCUGAGCUGCGUAAGAAAUGGCUCCAACAGAUCCAGAAGGGAAGUACAGUAAAUUAUGUAAAUUUUGAAAAAGAUGUAGUAUGUUCUCUACACUUUUCUGCACAUCAUAUGGCAGAAAAAUCUUAUGCUCAAAAAGUGGCUGGGUAUUCACCCAAAAAUAACAGAAGGCUUAAACCCGAUGCAAUACCUUUAAGUGUCGAAGGUAUAGAUUAUGAUGAUAUCCCGUAUUUAAGAUCUCCAUUAGUUACAACACCAAGUGGAGUAUUUAGCAUUACACAUUUUGAAGAGUCUUCCACCAAUAAAAAUGUUCAACAUACAUAUAUUGACAAAGUUGGAGAAUAUAAUAUAAGGUCACCUAGCGGUGUUUUUAACGUCAGCCCAAUUGAGAGUAAAAAAUGUUGUGUUAAAUUAUUUACCGGUGAUAAUAAAAAUGUACAAAAUGAAUUAGGAGUUGAGCCUCUAGGGGAUAACAUUCUUGAUAUUUCAUCAAAUGUUCUGAUUGAGAGAUUACAAAACGAUUUAGAACAAUGUAAAAAGAAAAAUGAAAUUCUAUUAACAAAAAAUAAUAAAUUAAGGACAACUGUUAAAACUUUAAAAGACCAUAUGAACUUGGAAGAUAACCGCUUUGAAAGCCGUUUUGGAAAGUUACUAUCGAAUUUGUUUACUUCUACUCAAAUUAAAUUUCUUCUUCAUCCUACUAAAAAAAUUUGUCGUUGGUUGCCUGAAGACAUAUCGUCGGCGAUAACAUUACGCAGUGUCUCUCCAAAAGCUUACCGCUAUUUGAGAAACAAAAAAGGUUUCCCAUUACCAGGUCUUUCCACGCUUAGAAGUUGGGCUUCAAAAUUUUCUGUAGAACCAGGUCUUUUACAUGGAGUGUUGUCAUUAAUGAAAUCUAAAGGAGAUACAAUGGAAACCAAUGACAAAUUAACUAUUUUGUGUUUUGAUGAGACAUAUAUAUCAAAGAGAAUAUGCUUUGAUAAAAAAAAUGAACAAGUUAUAGGCCCUCAUAAAUCUGUUCAAACAGUUAUUGCACGAGGAUUAAUAAAUAACUGGAAGCAACCAAUAUAUUACAACUUCGAUGAGCGGAUGACUAAAGAAAUAUUAAAUAAAAUAAUAGAAGAGUUAAGUGAAGUUGGUUUCAAUGUAGUUGCAAUAGUCAGUGACAGUGGUUCUACAAAUGUAGGCUUAUGGAAAAGUUUAGACAUAUCUAUUAACAAUACGUCAUUUGAACAUCCAAAACUAAAUUCCAGAAUUCAUGUUUUUGCUGAUGUUCCGCACUUAUUGAAAUUGGCUAGAAACCAUUUACUUGAUAGUGGAUUCAUACUUCCAAAUGGUAAAUUCAUCGGAAAAAAUAUACUCCACGAAGUUCUGAAUCUUAACUAUGGUAAAGAUUAUAAAUUUGCUCAUAAGCUAUCUGAGCGUCAUCUUUUUGUAGAAGGAUCAGGCCGCAUGAACGUUAGAUUAGCAGCAAAUGUAUUUUCUAAUUCAGUUUCAAAAGCCAUUGCGUACUGCGGUGAAAAAAACUGUCUAGAUAAAUAUAACUGGAAAGAGGUGAUUAUAUAA